AUGAAAUGGACCACCGGCGCUCCGCUCGGGAAGCCUCUAUCGUUGCGAAGAACCAAGGUCCACGAGAUUGACGAGACUUGGGGCUUGUACCAGGACGAUGCUUCAGUCUACAGCGAUUGCUCUUACACCCAUUACGCGUGGGUCACCCCAAGAUUCGACGACAGCAUUUCCGAAAUAGCGUCCAGGACAAGUAGUCGCUCGUCUGGCCGUCUUCGGAGGGAGCACCGGUCCAGAGCCCCGCCUCGCUUCGGACCGUCUCCCGCCAUGCACCCGCCACCUCUCUUCCCGCAACACCCACAUCCACCGGGGCCGCCGCCUCCACCCUUCAUGCCGCCUCAGCACACAUUUCACGACUACCAUGGCUACGAAGACGACGACGACGACGACGAUGUUGAGAGCGGUUACGAAGAUUAUGGCACAGAACCGCAAUUCCACUCACAUCCUCACCCUCCUUUCCCGCCAGCGUCCGCACACCCGCCAGCCCCAGGUGGCGAAGCUCCCUUCAUCGUUCUGAACGGCGGCGGCGGCGGCGGCGGCGGCGGCGCUCACAAAUACACGCCUUGGUGA